AUGACGACCGAAAUCCCAGCGAAGCUGAUUCAGCCGUCUCGACAUGUGGUUCUACCCUUCAACCUGCGUGAAAAACGAACUUUCCACCGCGAUUCUGCUCAGCUUAUGCAACUAUUUCCUGACACGAAGAGGAUUCUAUUUGAUAGCUAUUUCUUGGUGUUUUUGCUGGGCUCCCUGCCCCCAAAGCCGUGGCCGCUGACCAUUGCCGGAGUGCAACCAUAUUUCACAACGGACCCGAAUGAUGAGGGUCCAAUGCCAUCCAUGAAACGUAUAAGCAAAUCGCGUCUUUUUGUAGACGCUGAAAUCAACGUUACCGACCUUCCACCCUCUCAAGUUGACAAUGCAUUUAAGCUCGUCUUCGAUUUCUUUACGAAAGCUCAAAUCUCUAUUACCCAAGUCCAGCUCACAGAACCGACUGCCGAUGUUGUUGAUAGUAGCAAGUAUGAUAUACUGCAUCCCGGCGUUAUGUUGAGCUCUGGUAUAUGUUCUCCCACCGAACCUGGGUAUCUUACUACUUCUGAUGUACUUGUUGAGGACUCUAACUCCGGCGAACGGUAUAUCGCUGUUGCUUCCCAUGGGUUUCCACAUGGCGGCAAAGUUUUUCAUCCAUGUGCUAGCGGUAAAGAGAUCGGUCAAAUCAUUAUGGAGAUUACACACACAGGCAUCGCGAUAGCAAAAUUGCAUGAUGAUGUCCCGUAUGUCAAUGACACUUUCGAGAGCCCUUUUAACGGAAUACAACCUACCCAGUUACGAGAUUUCGUCAGUGCUGACAGCUUGAAGCCUGGUGAUACGGUCUAUAUGAAUAGCCCUUUUGUUGGUUAUUCUGAAGGUAUCUGUGGACCUCACACCCGUGAGCGAAUUCCCUGUACUGACCCUAGCCAACCUAUAUUCGAAUGGAUCAAGACUCGCUGGUGCUAUAUGGGUCAAGGGUCCACUGAUAGUCUCCAAGAUGGUGCUUGCGGAUCUGCAAUCUGGAAUAAGGAUGGAAAUGUGAAUGGGUUCUUCCGUUUUGCACCAGCAUCCGGUCACUUUUUAGACUGGUCUUUCUGUGUCGGAGCUGACCAUAUCAUUGAACGUGGUUCUAAGAUUGUGCACUAG